AUGAUUAAAGGAACAAUUAGUUUUUUAUUUAAACAACCAACAAACAUUGGUAGUUUAGAAACAUUAAAUUAUUAUAGUAGUAGUGGUAUUAAACAUCAAAUAUCAAAACAAUUUAAAAUUCAUGUACCAAGAGGUAAAGUGAUAUUUAAAUAUCCAACAGAAGAUGGAAAAGGAGGAUAUAAUAUAAAUAAUGCAGAAAAAGAGGUUGUUGCGAAAAUCAACUUGUUUCAAGCAGAUUGGAUAAGUGACCAUUGUAAAAGUUAUUUGAAGAAAAACUAUUCCUCUAGUAUCAAUGAUCAAGGUGAAUUUAUAGUCUCUUCAUCCAAAUAUCCAAAAGCAAAACUAAAUGAAAAGAAUUGUUUGGACAAGAUGGAAAAGAUCCUAACUCAAGCAUCUAUUCUCAGAAAGGAUCAAUUAGCACUCUACGAUGAACCAUCGUUUGGUAAUGAAAGAAGAUUAGUUGAAAAGAAAAUAAGAUCCCAAAUUAAAUCUGGUAGAGGUGUUCAUGUUCAACCAAUGAAAUUAACCUAA